GGGGGCAUUCGAGGAACAGUCCAGCCCUUGUGUUCUCUGCCAUUCACAGCUGCACUCGGGACGCCCACUCCAGGGACCGUAACCUUCUCCCAGCUGUUGUCACACCUCUGCCUCCUCUUCCUGUUACAUAAGCAGCCUCCUGACCCCGCCCCUCUUUGUUAAGUCAUCACUUGCCCCUUCAUUCGGUGAUGUCAUGUCGCCUCGUGUUCCUUUUACUUGCUUAACUUUAUCUUGCCCUUCCCACCCUUUCUUUCUCCUUUUCUUUCCUCCCUCUUUCCCUAACCCCUCCCGUCCCAUGACCUCUUCCCCUCCUUUCUUCCUUGAGCUUUCAGCCCCUGCACCCUCACCCCUAGCAAAAGGUCCUAACAACUACCCCUCCCCUUCUGGGUCUCCUUCGUCCUGCCGGAAAGAAUCUAGCCCUGUUUUCGCUCACGAGGUUCCUUUGGCACCCAGGAAAGAGUUGAACGACCACCUUUCCUGUACUGCUGGCCUUUCUCCAAAUGCAGGCAAAAGGUUUACCAACCCUCCUUACUCUAGAGAGCCUUUCUCUUGCCUCACCGUUCCCUCUCCUUGCUUACCCCGACGGAUUCCCUCCCCACCACCUCAGCCCAUACUGUCCUCCCCCCCACCUCCACAGGGGAGAUGUUCUUUUGAACCCUUUUCUCCACUCCUAGGAAGGCUGUACAGCCAAGAGCCGGUUAGUUCAUCCCCUAGUUUUGACCAAUUCAGCCUUCAGGGGUCACCCGCUUCUCAUCAGCGGAACCAUUAUUGCAACUUGAUCGGUUCCCCAAGACCUCAGCGGCCAUGUCCUCCAACUCCAUACCCUUGUUACAGUAGUCCAGUGACUUCCCCACCUCUCAUUCAUCAGCCCCCCAGAAACAGCCCAGUAACCUCCCCUCAACUCACUCAUAUAUCCUUGGAGACUUGUCCUGUGCUUGCCAGUUCCCUUAUGCCAGUGUCCCAGGGAAGUUACGCCGUAAUUUCACCUCUUCUUACCCACAAGCCCCUGAUAACUGGCCUUAAAAUUUCACCUCCCCUUGCUUACCGACCUGUGGAAUCUAGAUUGCAAACCUCUACAUCCAUUUCUCACAGAACUGGUCCCAUGAUCUCCCACUGGUCCUCGGAGAGAAGUUACAAUGAUCCUCUUCUUUCUCAACCCGCUGGCAACCCUUACCACGGCCACCCUAAGCCUCCAGACUCUUGUGAACCUAAACCACAGCUUGGUGUGUCUGGUGGGGAAAAUGGUUGUGGCCCUCCACUUUCUUCUCAGGCAGGCAUGUCUAGCUCUCCAAUCGCGCCCCAACAGGGUACUUUUCAUUAUUCUCAUCUUUGCCCAGAGUCCCAGAUAGCUGCUUCUAGGGGUCCAUACUGUGUUAUCAACCUCCCGCCUGAGAGUGCUGGUUCUCUUGGCUCACCUCAGCCUCAGAGUCUCCACAAGUCCUUUCUGUCGUGGGAGGCUGCGGGCAGCUCUUACCUCUUGGUAACCCCGGGUGCUGUAAUUUCUGGUCCUCCCUGCCCCACGGAACCACCUCUUGCUCAGUGUCCUUACCCUUCCCUCUAUUUCCCACCUCCCCUGGGCAGCCAGUUUUUAGCUCCACCUCCGUCACCCAGAGGUUAUAGUGAAAUCCCUGUCCCUACCCCAGUCCCGCCUCAAGUGAAGUCCCCCAAGUCUACAGAAUCACGACGUGUUCCCUACAGGUGUCGCUCCCUGGGCAACACACUCCACCACCCUUCUUUUGACCAUCCUAAGUCCCAGAAGAGCAACACCUCUCCCCAGCCUAUCUCCCAGUCCUUUGGCCUCUCUAGUCCUCUUGUGGAGCCAUCCAUCACAACUGCUUCAAGUCCCUGCCCAAAAGAACUUCCCCAAGAGACUGCUGUGGGCCUGCAGAUCCUCAAAGCUGUUGCCCCUGCUUGCUAUCCCCACUGCCUGCCUUGCAAUUCUCUCUUGCCUACUAGAUAUUCCAAGAGUACUCCUCGCAGACCUCCUCCAGUGUCCCCCUGCAAUACCCAUAUGUACUCCGUGAUUCCCCCCACCACCCACUCAUUCCCACUCUCCAGUCUCCUAAAUCACUCUACAGCUCUCCCUCAGUGUCCUACCCCACCCGUGGUGCCUCCCUGUGGCACUUACUCUGCCCCCAGGGGUCCACCACCAACCCCCAGCAAGCCUGCGGUGCCUCCUUGUUCCACCCACAUCUAUUCUUUUAUCCCUCUGAGAACACCCUUUGACCCCCGAUGUUUACCUGUUGUCCAUCGAGCUCGGCUUUGCCCCAAUACUAUUCCCUGUGGUUUUCAUACCUAUGCUGUGGCUUCUCCAGUCCCACACAAAGAUCCUCCCCAGAUUCCCUAUGGCUUUUCUUUGCCCUCAUCCAAGACAUCCACCUGUAGCAUUACUGCAAGCUGUAGUUCAACCAUUAUUAUUAGUGAAUGUGGUAGAAGCGAGAGCCAGUGUACCCAACAAAAAAGUCAGAAUAAGAGUUUGCUUCGUAGUAAAAGCAAGAGUCCCCAAAGGAGGGGUACCCGCCAGAGUAGGAGUCAGAGCCGGAGCCUGAGCCGGAGCGGGAGCCGGAGCCGGAGCGGAAGCCGGAGCGGAAGCCGGAGCGGAAGCCUGAGUCAGAGGAGCCGAAGCCGGAGCCUGAGCAAAAGCCGAAGCCGGAGCAAAAGCCGAAGCCGGAGCAAAAGCCGGAGCCGGAGUAGUAGUCCUCUCCAAAGCCUUACUCAGGAACCCGGUGAGAAUACCUCCCCGAUCAUCAAGGAGGCCCAGAGUGAGAAAGGUCACCAUAACAGAGGUCGGAAGAAAAGCAAGAGUCCUAAAGGUGGUAAAAAUCAGAGCCGGAGCAAGAGUCCCCAGCAUAAGAAACGUCAUGGUCGGAGCAAGAGUCCCCACAAGAAGAAAAAAUGA